AUGUCGAACCAAGGCAAUAGACAAACCCCUCAAACUGGAAGAUUAUACCAAUUCAAGCUUGUUUUAUUAGGAGAAUCAGCAGUCGGUAAAUCAAGUUUGGUAUUGCGCUUUGUCAAAGAUCAAUUUGAUGAUUAUAGAGAAAGUACUAUCGGAGCUGCAUUUUUGACGCAAACAAUUGGUUUGGAUAACAAUACAACAGUUAAAUUUGAAAUCUGGGAUACGGCUGGUCAAGAGCGUUAUAAGUCUUCCCUGGAAAAGGCCAAAUCGUGGGUGAAAGAAUUACAAAGACAAGCAGAUCCAAAUAUUGUUAUUGCACUUGCUGGUAAUAAGAGUGAUCUAAGUGCACGUAGAGUAAUUGAUACUGAAGAAGCUAAAGCCUACGCAGAUGAUACAGGUCUCUUAUUUUUCGAAACUUCUGCUAAGACAGCUACGAAUGUCAAUGAAUUAUUCACAUCAAUAGCGAGAAAAAUGCCUCUUGAUCAAUUAGCUGCUAACUCACGUGGAAGAGAAAUGAAUAGAAGACUUGAUUUGAAUCGUCCACCACAAAAUAAUAUAGAUGCGGUUAGUGAUUAUAAUAGUUGA